CGAUCGUCUCAAUAUCGUCAAUUCAAUUCUCUGUCACUGUCAGAGUUUUAGUCUGGUUAGUUGCCCAGAUGCACUGCGUUCUGUCUUGCUGUCAGUAUUGAGCAUUUCAAGUUGUGGCGAAAAACAAAUUUCUCAGUGAUUAGUGAAGUUUUACAUAUAAUGAAUCUUCUGGGAUAUAGAUGAGUAAUCUCCAAACAUCUUUAUUUGUGCGCAAUCACGAGAGGUCCCUCGCACGACCGAAAUUCGUCGUCGUAUCAUGGCCUCUUCCACUCGAGGCAUUCAGAUAGGUUCUGCUUGGUUUCAGAAGAAAAUGAAUUUAAGACCUCAACACCGAGGCGUCCACCUAGUCACGGAAGAAAUUUUAAAGCAAAUGCCCGAGCUACGACAGUUUUCCGUCGGAUUAUGCCACAUUCAAAUGCUACACACUUCUGCUAGUCUGGCUAUAAAUGAGAAUUGGGAUCCAGACGUUAGGGAUGACAUGGAAAUGAUGCUGAAUAAGAUAGUGCCUGAGGGUCUUCCUUACCGACACUCCUGCGAAGGACCUGACGAUAUGCCUGCGCAUGUCAAGGCUUGUUUCCUAGGCUCAUCGGUGACAAUUCCAAUAACGAAUGGAAAACUGAACUUGGGGACAUGGCAAGGAAUCUGGCUCUGCGAACAUAGGGAUAGAGCAGGCAGCAGAAAGUUGAUAGUAACCUUGAACGGAUGCUUACACGAUUCCGAUCAGUCACCUGUAAGUCCCAUAUCUCCUAUAGCUUCUACAAGCAGUUAAUAGUGCCAUAUUAUCGACUCGACCUAAUUUUUAUUCUGAGAGCUCACAACUGAUCUCUUUGUUGCACUUGCAAGUGUGCAACAGCUGAUACCUUUUUAUUCAACUCUGUUGCCGUACUUAUACUUUGGAACAUUCCAAAAUAGUCAUUUUAAAGCCCUCAUUUCUCUCCUUCUCUCUCUUAAGACUUGAUCGCUCGUCUUAACUCUCAAGGAGCUUUUACUUUAAUUUGUAUUUACCACGUUUAUUUUAAUCUUGAUCUCCAAGGAAAUGAUGAUUAGGUGCAAUUGUCCUGUCAGGCUCAUUCGUAAUUUUAUAUUUUAGCAUGAACCAAUCAAUAAAAUGUCCAAUGCAUCGACUUUUUUACUGUGUCUCACAAAAUUAUGUAAAAAUGAAAUAGGAAAAAUCCUUAAGAGGUUUGUCUCAUCGCAACUCUCGUGAGCAAGGCUCGGUUGUAAGAUAAACUGUCAAUAAACAAAUAGCUCCUUUUUAUUAGACGCCCUUAUGAUGCGGAGUACCAAGUUUUGCUGCUCAGCAUUUGCAAGAUUUUCUCGAACAUUUUUCUUUCGGGCUUUUCUAAUUUCCUAUAUGCAAGUGUACGGUACUGUACCUAGCUGGAGCGGCUCAGGAGACGGUCAUUUUUUUAAAAUUAAGUGUUCAGUGUGCAAAAGUUGCCUAUCGGCUGCAGGAUGAAGUGUGCCAAAAGGGGUUUUCCAAAAAUCAAAAAUUACCUUCCAACUUUGCAAAUAUAUCCUGAGGAUGUAUAAUUGUAGUGUUAUUGAUGCAUAACUUCAGUUGAACAAAAGUAUUCUACAAAAAAACGAUGCCUAAGAUUGAAUUUGGUACCUAAGGGCCGUCUAUAAAUCACAUCACCCAUAUUUUCAAUUUUUCGACCCCCCCCCCUCACCCUAUCAAAUCGUCAUCCACUGGUAGACCCCUUAAAAAUUACGUCAUCUUUAGCGAACUCCUCUCCCCUCUUUUGGGAGAUAAACGCAGAAAAUUGAUAAAAAUCAGUAGAUAUAGUCUGCAUCGUCAUGAAAAUUAUUAAUUUCUUUUUGAGUACUAAAUGUGUGUCGUGUGCUCUUAAAAAGAAGAAGCAUUAAUGCAACAGUAUGUUAUUAGCUGAAAAAUUAAACAGUGCAAACUUUAUUGCUUUGAGAAAAAUUGGAAUUAUUUAUUGAAAAAUUGUAAAAAUUAAGAGAAAAUAAAAUACAAAAAAACAAUUUUUGCCUUCAGGAAAGCUUACUUCAUCCUUGGCUUGACCCCUUUCCCCCUCCAAGUCACCCACCGUCAUCUACCGCUAGACCCCCUUCCCUCCUACUUGGGUAAUGUAAUUUAUGGACGGUCCUAUAGGGGUACAUUUGGUACAAGCUGUACAUAGGGGUCAAGGGAAAGAAAGAGACAUGACUUUCGUUUUUAGCUAGAAAUCACCCUAAUGUCACCCUUAUUGGCAGAAUCAUCCAUCAAUUUUCAUGACGCAACACAGGUAAAGGCCAUUACAAACAGAAUAUACAACGGGUUUCUGUUUUAAUGUGUUUAAUGUUCUCUCGAAGCUCCUUCUUUCGUUUAAUGAUCUCUGAUUUGUGCCCGUUUUUAUGAGUCAAAUUAAGAGAUUCGUCAUUCCCUGACGUUAGAUAAUAAGAUGACUUCAAGGUAGAGCUGAGUCUAAAACGAUCUAAUUUGGUGCCUAAUCAUCAUUCUCAUUGAUGUAUCAGGAGGGAUGAAAAAAAAAACAAAUAUGAAUGAAUACCUAAGUAUUGAAAGUCAAACCUGAUCGGUAAAACCCAAAAGUAGCAUUGACUAUUUUGGACUAAAAAAGGUAGAAAAAAACAUAAUACAAUUCUUGAAAUGUACAAAUUAUGGAACGCCUUUUAAGGUUGCUCUCCUUAACUUUAUAUGUACACAUGCAACGAGGAAAAAGGUUAUUGAAGAAAAUUUAGCUCCAAAAUUUGUUUAAAUUCAAUGAAUUGUUCAUGUUAAUAUGAUUGACAAAAGUAAAUGCAACAUACAGAACAAAAAGUGCAUUCGAAAUUCUCGUUUAAAUUUACUAAACUAAAGCAAUAGAACACUCGCAAAAAAGAAAAGUUUCCUAAAUUGUAUUUUAAACAAUCUAUGAGAGUUCUUUUUUACAAAAAAAUGUUAUGAGUUUGUUUGUUUGUUUUUUUUUUUUUAACCUUUUUUAAGACAGUCAAUGUUACUACAGAGAAUAUGUUGAUAAACACCAUAUUGUUGAAAAUUUAACCUGAUAAAUGAAACUUAUAUGGACUCGGAAGUUCAAUUCCUAUAAUUUUAAAUUGGCAAUGUAAUGUUCUUUUCUCUCAGUAUUUUUGAGAAAAUCCAUUUGGGUGAAAUGUCAAGCACAAACCUCAUCGGAUCAAUAGCAAUCUGUACAUUAAAUUCUUAGUUCGUCUUUUUUGAUGAAGCUUGUGAUUUUCCAAUUCCUCCAAGUGGUUGAAAUCUCUGAGACAGAGCAGGCAUUAAUCUGAAGAAUGCCUUUGUGUCAAAAAAAGGAUUAUUUUGAAGGGGCAUUCCACAAAGCAAAUUAUCUCUCAUGAUUGUUCAUGUAAAAAACGCUACAAGAAUGAACUGAAUUUUUUUCUGGUCUUAAGACAAGUUUAAAUAAGUUUUCAGUCACCUGGAUCAAAACGUAAAACAUCUCUUCCUUACAUCUCUGAAAUGAGCAAACGUAUCCUACUAUCGAAAACCUCCUUUGACUUAUUUGCAAAGAUCCGUCCAAACCCUCAAGUGGUCACAUUCCUGAGUUAUUUUACCUCCCGAAUAUUUUUAUCUCCAAAAAAUGCAUUGCUUUAUAGAUGAAUUGUCUGCUGGUUUUGAAAAUUAGACAAAUAUUGAAUGUAACCUCAUAAUAAUAUGAAAAUGAACUCGGAGUAAUCAUGCUCCAGGGCUUCAAGUUGUUUAUGCAUCACAAUGCAAAGCAGAUGUUGCUCCACUCGGACAACUGAACAUUCUGAAUGACUCUCACUGCAGCAAAAAGAAUAUCAAAUACUAAAA